AUGGUCACCACAACAGCUCUUGGACUUCUUUCCCUUCUCUCGCUGGCAGCUCCCUCCCUGGCCAGCUACUCUGUGAACCUCAACUACCGCAGCCCCUCUCUCAACAAGGAUCACAUCAACCUCGGCAUAGACACUGCCAAAAUCACGCGGCGCAGUCUCGUCAAACGUUCGGAGCCGCCCUAUGCGCCCUCGCAGCUCUCCUUCACCCACAGUGUUGCCUCUGGCGACCCUUAUGCCGAUAGCGUGAUCCUCUGGACGCGUGUCGCGCCGUCACUUAACGCUUCAAGCAGUGAGGUCCCAGUUUCUGGAGAUGUGCCACUCUACAACCAUGACAACGAGAAAUACGCCAAGGCGUCGGCGCACCCGAUCUGCGUAGAGUAUCGCGUGUUCGAGGAUGAAGAGGCGACCAGUGUUGUCGACCAGGGACGCGUCUUCACAAGCAGUGACGUUGACUAUACAGUCAAGGUGGAAGCGACUGGACUUGAGCCGUUCACAACGUAUUGGUACCAGUUCAACGUUUGCGACUCAGAGAAGGUGUCGCCGCUGGGACGGACCAAGACUGCUCCUGCAGCCGACCAGGAUUUGAAAGAGGUGAAGCUAGCUGUGCAUUCUUGCAGUAAUUAUCGUGCGUUCUCUGCCACUGGCCCCUUCUGCACGAGUGGCUACUUCAACGCCUACGGCAAUGUCGCUCGCAAAGACAAUGUCGAUUACGUCGUGCAUUUAGGUGACUACAUCUACGAGUAUGAGAACGGCGUCCCGGGCGUCGACGAGCGCGCUGUUGUCCCGCCUCGCGAAAUAUUCAGUCUUUAUGACUACCGCACGCGGCUGGGACAGUACCGCACCGACCAGGAUCUCGUUGCCAGUCAUGCGAAGUUUCCUUGGAUCCCUGUUUGGGACGAUCAUGAGAUCGCAAACAACGGCUACCGCGAUGGCUUCAGCGGUCUUCGCAACACAGAGGACAGCUUCCUCAACUAUGGACCGCAGGUCAGCGUCGACCAGCGCAAGAUGAAUGCUGUUCGGGCUUAUUUCGAGUGGAUGCCUAUCCGGCAAGUUGACAUGGACGACGGCCUCCGCAUCUGGCGCAGUUUUCAGAUGGGCAACCUCUUUGACCUUAUUAUGAUUGAUACAAGGAACUACGAUCGUUCAAUUACGGACUUGAGUGACAACUCUGAGUACAUUAAGCUCAUCCACGACGACACCGGACGUAGCCUCAUGGGUCCACGACAGGAGAACUGGUUCUAUCGCCAGCUGUCAUCUAGCAAGGACCGUGGCGCAAAAUGGCGCGUCAUCGGCAACCAGCUUGUCUUCGCGCACAUCCAGCAGAAGAACGAAGACGGUUCCUUGAGUUUCAGCGGGGACGCGUGGACAGCCUACCGUGCAAACCAGAACCGCACGCUCAAGCACAUGUACGAGAAUGAAAUUCGGAAUAACAUUAACAUUGCGGGCGAUACGCAUGUCAACUGGGUCUCGGAUAUGAUCUGGGAGGGCACCAAGCCCUACAACAACGUCACCGGCGCCGGAGCCGUUGGCGUCGAAUUUGCCGGCACGGCCGUUUCGUCCACGGGCCUGAGUACCGUGUCCGUCGCCGACGCCGAGUCGGUUGCAGAGACAUACAGCAUCAAUCCCGAACUCAAGUGGGUGGAGGGGUACUACCGUGGAUAUUUCGAGCUUCAUUUGCGCCAGGACGAAGCCGAGGCGCGCUAUUUCGGUUGUCCGACCGUUGCGGAGAGGAACAGCUGGGAACUCCCGCUUGCUAAUUGGACCGUUAGCCACAGUGAGAGUCAUUUGCAGAGGCCGUUGGCGGGAGGAAGUGUCGAGGCGGGCUACUUCGUCAAUGGGAAUGUUAAGCACAGCGAGCUUGCGGUUAAUACCGAGACGGGCAAGUGGGAGGCAGUGAGCUUUGGAAAGAUGUUUAUUAGAGACUAG